CCCACAGUGGAUCAGUGACCAAAGGCCCGUUCCAGUUAGUUCCCCACCUUAUCCACAUACACACUCUCUCUCUCUCUCUCUCUCUGAAACAGCAUAUGCUCCAUUACCAAUCUCUUCUUCCAUGGAUUCCUCCUGAUUUCUCCUUUCCUUCCCAAUAUCAUUCAUCCCCAUUCAUAUUCAGAGAGGAAAUCGAAAGCAGUCAGUGGAUUUGAUUGAUGAUGGCUUCUGCAACAACCAGAACCACCUUCAGUUUCCACCUCUCCGCCACUCUCACCCAGCCCUCUCCUCCCAAACCCAAACCCCAUCUCUCUUUCCCACUCAACAAAACCCUCUCCCUUUCCCCGCUCCCCAAACUCCUCCACAAAUUCGCCCCCAACUCCAUCGAUGUCUCCAAAGAAGGACAACCCACCUCAGACCAACAAGAUCCAGAGCCACCCACCUCCCCAGAAUCUCCGCUGCCGGACGCCGCCCCAAACUUGGACAAGCGGCGGCUGGAAGAGAAGUUCGCCGUCCUGAACACCGGCAUAUACGAGUGCAGGUCAUGCGGGUACCGGUACGACGAGGCGGCUGGGGACCCGUCGUACCCGAUUCCGGCGGGACUGCCGUUCGAGAGGCUGCCGGAGGACUGGAGAUGCCCGACGUGCGGGGCGGCGAAGAGCUUCUUCGAGAGCAAGAGCGUGGAGAUUGCUGGGUUUGCGCAGAACCAGCAGUUCGGGCUUGGGGGGAAUGCUCUGACCUCCGGCCAGAAGGCGGUGCUCAUCUAUGGGGGAUUGUUCUUGGGGUUUUUGUUUUUCUUGUCUGGCUACUUCCUUCAAUGAUUUUGAGGAAUUAAUAAUAGCAUUGUAUUUAGAUGAAAUGGGUAUAGAAAUAAGUCUUCCGAUGAAAGAUUUCAUCUAAAUAAUAAUGCCUUUUUAGUUCUAGUUCUA